AUGACUCGCAGUUCUCGGGGACGCAGAGCUGGGUUAGUAGCAGUGCCAAGGAGUACUGGUCCUCGACGACAUACACAAAAGAUCGCUAUUGAGGAUGACAUGGCUUCAUCGAGUGAAACGACAAACACACCGGCUGAGCAGUCGCAAAGCAACCUCUCUGAUGUUGGCGCUGCACCAGACAACUCGACAUUGGUACCAGAGCGUUCAUCUUAUGCUAAUGCAGCGAUAUCAGAACGUCUGAGGCUCUUUACCGACAGUCAACUUCAUAGCACAACUGGUUCACCUUCCUAUUCUCAACCUUUUCAGAACAAUCUCGCUCUUCCUAAAAGAGAUCCCUCUUGGGGUGGUUUACUGCAUACACUUGAGCCACCAGGUGGAAAGGAUUUACCAUUAGAAGGCAUCCAAGAAGCAUGCUUAUUGCGAUACUUUAUUGAGGAUUUAUCUCCCUGGUUUGACCUGGUUGACCCCCAACGGCGGUACCAACUGGUCGUUCCAGAGCGAGCUCGUCGCUAUCCUCCACUUCUCAACGCCAUUUUGGCCAUGUCUUCACGCCACCUCUGCCGACUCGAGAAAUAUAAAACACCCAAUGGAAUUGUCUACCGCGGCCAACCUCUACCAAACCUUACUCCUGGGUCUGCAGUAGAGUACAUGCUCAAAUGCAUACCUGUUCUGAAAGACUUUCACACUACCCAGGAUGGAGAAAUUCGAGAACUCAUCGUUACAACGGCUGUGAUACUGCGCCACUUUGAGGAACUAGAUGAUCAUGAUCAAGAAACCGAUUCAGAAAUGGACUUUAACGAAGGAGUUAACUUUUUAGCAAUUCUGAAUGCGGUACUCAGAAGUUUGACAGCUGAUGACUUGAACCAUCGGAGGGGGUUGUUGAACGCCUCAUACUGGGUUGCCUUGAGACAAGAGGUCUACUAUUCAUUACUGAAAGGUUACUCACCACAAAUAGUUGAGCCACCUGGAGAGUGGGUAGACAUAUCACCUGCCAACAAACUUGUAUCCCAUACGAACCAGGUUGCGAAAUGGCUAUUUGGUGAUAAAUCCAAAGAUGGAUGGCAAAACCUCAAAGAGCAAGAGGAGUAUUUGGAUCAAUAUGUCACGCCCUGUUUUGCUCCCAUAUUGCACCGGCCACCUGACAAGAUCUCUGGAGAUGUAUUUCCAACAAUAUGGUUUGCUUCACCUAUUGCUCUUACAGGUAUGCAGCACAUGAUGAUUGCAAAAAUGAUUCUGAUCGCUGAAUCGCCAUUAAUAUCACAAGAACAAGACAUCCGCGCUGCAUACCGCGAAGCAGAAAGAAAGGUCAGGGCCUUGGUCCUAGAAGUUUGUGGUUCAGCAGUGCAACAUCCAGAUACAGAGCCAGCACUCGUUAAUGCUACUCUGGCUAUACAAAUUCCUGAAUAG